AUGAAAUCAUUCAUCUUAGUAGUAGCUAUGUUAAUAAGUUUAGCUACAUCUUAAAUAAUACUUACUUAAUAAACUAUGUGUAGUUGUAUACAAUUAACAAAUCAAAAUGAUUGUAGUACAUUACCAGGUUGUAUAUGGAUAAAUAAUUCAUGUUCAUAAAAUAAUUGUUCAUAACUUGAUCAAUCAUAAUGUUUAAAGGCUUCGUAUUAUUGUUAAUGGAAUACAUCAGAAGAUUCUGCUACAUGUUCAGCAUUUACAUCAUGUUAAAAUUUAAUUGCUACUAAUAAUUAAGAAUGUAUCAAAUAAAAUGUUAGAUGCUUAGGAUUUAAUUAAGUAUCUUAAUAAUGCUUAUAUUAUAAUCAAAUUAAUUCAAAUUGUAGUGAUUAUUCAUAGAAUAAUUGCUCCUAUAAUUUUGGUAAAGAUGGACCAUGUUAUUUGAUUAAUAAUACCUGUUAAGUAAUUAAUCAAUGUUCAUAAGCUAAAAAUCAAGAUUAAUGUUAGUAAUUCAAUUAAUUCAAAUCUGUUUCUCCUUAAGGAAUAAUAUGUUAAUGGUAUUAGAAUUAAUGCUAAACAAUUACAAAUUGUAAUCAAUUUAUUAGUGAAGACACAUGUAAAUAUUAUUUUACAAAUUUGAAUACUUUGAAUGUUUGUUAUUGGUCUAUAAAUACAACUCCACCUUAAUGUGUUUCUGUAACAAAUCUAAAUAAUUUGAAUUAAUAGAAUUGUUUAUCAAAUACAAGUUAUUUAUUUAGAUGGUAUGGAUUAUAAAGUAAUCCAAAUUAAGGUAUUUGUGGUCCUUGUAAAUAAAUUUAAAUAAUAACAAAAACUUAAUGUAUUUGUUCUGAUUAUGUUUUAUAAAGUGAUUGUAAUUCAAAAAAUUAUUUAUGUCAAUGGAAUACAUAAACUGGAACUUGUACAUAAAAUAAUUGUAUUAAUAUACCAAUUCAAAAUGAUUGUAUAACAGUAUCUGAUUGUUAUUGGAGUUUUAAAACUAAUAAAUGUUAAAUUUUGAAUAAUUGCACUGAUUUAACAUUUACAGUUAAUUCAAUAGGAUGUGCAUCAUAAAGUUUAUAAUGUGCUGGUUAUGAAGGAGGAACUUGUAUAAGUACAUCAACUAUAGUUCCUACUUGUAGUAAUUAAUAAUCAUAAUAAGAAUGUUCAUAAUUUAUUAGUAAUUAAGGUCUAUGUAUUUGGAAUACCCCUAAUUAUUCAUGUUCAUUAUUAAAAAAUUGUAAUUAGAUAAAUGAUUCUGUAUUUUGUGUAAAUUGGUAGAAUUAAUGCAUAUGGGAUGCAACAAGUUCAUAAUGUUUAUAAUUGACAUGUUCAUAAAUUACAAAUCAAUAAAAUUGUACAUAUAUUUUAAUAUAAUUCUAAUAAACUUAAUAUUAAUUAUGUAGAUGGAAUUAAUCAUUAGGAAUUCAAGGUGGUUGUGAAAAUGCUUAUUCAGCAUUAUUAUAAACAUCAGAUACUUGUGUUAAUAAUACAGGUAAUACUUAUAGAUGGAGUACAAAUAAUGCAUCUGUAGGAAUGUGUGUCUCAUGUGGUACUAAUCAAUUAUCAUUUUAAACACUAUCUUCAUGUUAAUGUUAAUAAUUAAAUUCCUAAGAAAAUUGUAAAAACUCAGGAUUCUGUAAAUAUAACACAAAUAAUAAUAUUUGUGAACCAUCACAUUGUAUUGAAUAUUAAAAUCAGAUUACUUGUGCUUCAUUAAGUACAUGCUAUUGGAAUAGUAAAAAUGGUUGUUCUUCAUUCACUAAUUGUUCUGAAUUACCAAAUCCUACCAAUUAAUUAGAAUGUGUAAAUAUGAAUGUUUAAUGUAAAGGAUUUAAUAAUGGAGUUUGUUAAUCCUAUCCAACAUCAACUUGUUCAGUAAUGUAUAAUACUAAUGGUAAUUGUUACAAUAAUAUUGGUACUGAUGGUGUAUGUUUCUUAAGCACUACUGACUAAAUUACUUAAUGUAUAGGAUUCUCUGAAUGUAAUUAAACUUAAAGUGAAACAGUAUGUUUAAGAAAUCAAUUAUCUUGUUAAUGGAAUACUUUGAAUGGUUAAUGUUCAUCAAUUAAUUGUACAUCAUUCAAAACAUAAUUAAAUUGUAAAUUCUAUAUACCAAACCUACUUUCAUCUCAAAUUAUUCCAUGUUAUUGGAAUACAAAUAAUAAUACAUGUGUGACAGCUUCUAAUAUUUUAACAUAAUUAAAUUAAAAUACAUGUCCAUCCAAUACACAUAAUACUUAUACUUGGAUAACAAUUUCAAAUACAAAAGGGUAUUGUGUUAAAUGUUAGGAAUAAAUCACUCUUCCAAAUUAAUGUCCCUGUACAUUUUUAAGCUAUAAUGAUUGUUCUUAAUCAUUAGAAUGUUAUUGGAAUGGUGAAUAUUGUUUAUAAUUAGAAUGUCCUUAAAUAUUAUUAUAAACUAUAUGUGCAUCUUAAUUAGGUUGUAUGUGGAACUAAAAUUAAUGUAAAGUAUUUAAUGGAUAAUGUACAAAUUUAUUAGGUAAUUCUUAAGUUUAAUGUAUGGAAUAAAAUUUUUAAUGUGUUGGUAGCAAUGGAAUUUAAUGCAAUAAAUAAUUGAAUAAUUGUGAAGAUAAUAAUGAGGAUAAUAAAUGUCUUACAGCUCUUGGUAGUGAUGGAGCAUGUUAUUGGAAUAAUAAUACUUAAAAAUGUGUUGCUGUUUCUUCAUGUAAUCAAUUACCUCAAUAUGCAUGUUAAUUAAGAUCUAAAUCUUGUUAUUGGGAUACUAUAAGUACAUCUUGCCAAAUAUUAACAUGUAGUACUCUUCUUUAAUACUUUGGAUAAUGCACAUUUGUUAUAAAUUUAACAUCCAUUAAGAAUAUUUAGACUUGUGAAUUGAUUAACAAUUAAUGUAUUCCAAUAUAAGAUCCUUUUAAUUUAUCUUAAGAUCAAUGUUUUAGUAAUACAAAUAGAACAGCAAGAUGGAUUCCAUCCAAUUAUGGAAAUAAUGGAAUUUGUUAUUCUUGUUCUGCAAAUAUGAUUCCAUUUUAUUCAUCUUAAAGUUGUUAAUGUUAUUAAUAUAUGACAUAAAAUGAUUGUUAUGGAGCCACAGGGUAAUCAUGUAUUUGGGAGAAUCAAAAAUGUACAUAAUAACAUUGUUCCAACAUUUAUACUAAUUAAGCUUGUGCCCAAACUAUAGGAUGUGGAUGGAACAAUUCAGUUUGUUAAAUUUUCAGUUCUUGUGAAUCAAUUACUGGACAAGGAUUAAAUAUUUAUAAUUGUUUGAGUUAUUCUAUUCAAUGCAAAGGUUUCAAUGGAAAAACUUGUACUUAAUUUCCAAAUAAUACAUGUAGUUCAUAUUAAAAUUAAAAUACUUGUAAUGGUAAUCUUGGAUCUGAUGGUCCUUGUUAAUGGAACUCAUUUGAUAAAGGAUCAUGUAGUGUAAUAUUAACAUGUUCUUAUAUAAAAAAUCCUUAGAUUUGUAGUUAUUAUUAAAAUAUUUGUAUAUUAAUAGAUGACUAAUGUCAAUAACUUACAUGUGCUAAUUUCAAUACUCCAUCAUCAUGCACAUAUAUCAUAUCCUCUUUUCUAACAGGAGAGAUUUAAUAAUGUCAAUGGUAAAUAGAGACAAGAACUUGUGUUAAUUUAAUUACAUCUUCAUAAUUAAAUUCAGUGAAUUGUUCACGUAAUACAGGAUUUACUUAUAGAUGGAUACCAUCAAAAAAUUAAAAUGGAGAUGGUUAUUGUACUAAAUGUUUUCUAAAAUAAUUAUAUCUUCCUGGAUAAUGUGCUUGUAAUCAAUUGAUUUACUAGAAUGAUUGUUAAGCAAAUCUUUAAUGUUCUUGGUCAACUACCUCAAAUAUACCAAAUUGUUAUAAUAAACCAUGUUCUGAAAUAUUGACAUAAGAAAUAUGUAGUUCUACUCCAAGAUGUUCAUGGUCAGCAUCCUAAUUAUUAUGUUAACCAUUUUCAUCAUGUUCAAAUCUAGCAGGUGUCAAUGCUGGAGAAUGUGCCAGUUAUUCAAUUUAUUGUGCAGCUAUAUCAAAAACAUUUUUAUCACUUUAAUAAAAGUAUAUUUGCUCACCUACAACAAGCUAAUAAUGUUCAAUUAACACAGAAACUAUAUCAUAAUAUGAAUGUGAAAACAUAAUUGCUUAAAAUGGUAUUUGUUAAUUCAAUUCAAUCAAUCAAUAAUGCACUUUAGUUACCAAUUGCUCAUAAAUUACAUCCUAAUUGAGAUGUCAACAAUUUAAUCAUUAGUGUAAAUGGUCAUUUAUUACAGAUGAUUAAACCAAAAGUGCCUGUUAAACAGCUUAAUGCAAUUAAUUUACUAAUAAAUUUGAAUGCACUUAUAUAUUAAGUUCUUUAUCUAAUUACUUGCCUUCAAAAGUUAUAACGUGUGAAUGGUUACCAACUUAAGGAUGUCAAUAAGCUACAAAUAUCUUAACUACUCUCUCAUCUAGUUAGUGUUACUCCAAUACACUAAUGAUGUCAAGAUGGACUUCUACUUCAGGAGAUUCUGGUUAUUGUGCAUCAUGCACCUAAUAUAGUCUAAAUAAAAUGAUUAACUCUCCAUGUUCAUGUUCAGAUUUAUCCUCAUAUGAAUGUGCUUAUGCUUCCCCUUAAUGUUCAUACAAUUAAACUUCCUCUAAAUGUACUACAUCAACCUGCACAUCCAUUACAUCUAAGUAUUCAUGUGCUGCAAAUCCUAAUUGUAUUUAUAUUGGAACUUGCAAAAAUUAUUCAAAAAAGCCUACUAAUAAUUCAACUUUUGGAUGUGUAAAUAUCACUACUGCCAAAUCCCCUUUAGAUUGCUCUGGAGCUUCAAUCAAUUGUCCACAAUAUAUUCCUAAUAAUGAUAAAGGAUAAUAUGGUACAUGUAAUGUAAAAGAACAAUGCAGUAACUUUAAUUCUACUACAUGCAAUACUUAUAAUUAAUAAGUUGCAACUCCUUAUUGCGUUGUAAUCAAUACAAAAUGUUAAACUAUUAAUAAUUGCAAAUAGAUUACUGAUAUUGCACUUUGUAGUUUAUAAACAAACAGAUGUUAAUGGAGUUUUAUCUUAAAUUCAUGUAUCACUCAAUCCUGUAACUCAUAUACCUCUAAAUCUGAUUGUACUUAUGUCUAUACCUCUUAUUCACCUGGAGAUAUCACUCUUUGUUAUUGGGAUUCCUAUAAUUUUGAUUGUCGAAAUGCUUCCCAAUCAAUAACAAAAACUUUUAAUUAGACUAACAACAUUUAAUGCUUUGUAAAUACAGGACAUUUAUAUCAUUUAGAUGGAAAUGAUUGUAAAAAAUGCUUCUAAAACAUUUUAAGCAUUCUUCUAAUAACAGUUAUCUUCAUUAUUAUUUGA